AUGAGUCCCGGUGCAUUGAAUCAUCUUUAUACAAGAUGGUUUCCCAAGGAUAAAGUUACCCAGGCGCAAUUGGGUAAAUAUAUUCAAAUUGAUAAGAAGGUUCAGCAGGACAUCAAGAUAGGGAUCCUCUAUGAUAAUGAAGAAGCGUUCAAGUCAAGCAAAGUGAUUGAAUCUUUAUUGGCAGACCCAUUUGCAUCGGGGAACGAAGAAUGGUUUAAGAAGAUUGAAAACCGAAGUAGAAAGGAGAAUAACAUAUUCCAGUCACCCAAUUCUAAUUACAGCUCCAAUGACAAGACAAACAUAACAAGCACAAUAUAUUCUAUUGCAUCACCUAUAUUGAGCAGUGACUCAAGACCACUUUAUAAAGAAGCAUCCAUCAAGAAGACACCGUUGAGUGAUUUCAAUGUUUUCAAUGAUAUUCAGAUAAACGAGAUCAAUGACUUGAACUUGGUAAAUGAUUUUGAAAACUUGUGCCAUUUCUAUAUUCUUAUUACUAAUGACUUACAAUCUUCGAUCAACAAGUAUCCCGAAAUACUUCAAAAACAAAUUUUGGUUACUAUCAUUGAUAACCCUGAGUACACUCCAAGAUCUACUGAGACACAAGAAUUGAAACAGAAACCCACCUCAAUAAGCAAUCACGUUAUCAAAGUUGAUUCUAAUUCGAGUUACGAAGGUAUAAUUGAAUUUCUCAAAAAUGAUACUUCAGCCGCCAGCCAAUUCAUUGAAUCAAUGCAAAAAAGUAAUAUAUACGAGGCAUUAAAGUUCAUUCACUUAUACCUGAGCUCCGACAUUUUGGGUCAAUGGACAUUGAAGAAUGUUAUCAAGAAUAUAAAGAAUUCCAUCAACGAAGAGAACUCCGUUGUUAAGACAUAUGAGAAUUUGAAAACAAUAGAGAUUCCCAUUUUUAGUGAACAGCUUCAUUCUGAAUUACAGUAUCAAUUAAUUCCACAAACAACUCAUUUUUUUAAGAAAAAACUAAGAUGGUGGAAGUUAUACUUAAAGAAUGAUAAUAUCGAAUACGAUUUAAAAGAUUACUUUAAUAGAAAUUUCAUGAAUCAAAGUAUUGAAAAUUAUAAUUAUUUCCGAGGUUUAAUAAAUUCACAAAUUCAACAAGAAAAGUAUGGAUUAUAUGAGAAAACCGAAGUUAAUAAUAACCCAAUAUUAAAUUUGAAAAACCAAUUAGUAAGUGAACGUAUUGAAAAUGAAAUUCAACCAGUGGUUUAUAAUAGUAUAGUAGAAGGAUUUUUAUUUUACCAAUUACCAGUUUCAGUGGUGAGUGCUUGCUCUUAUCUUUUCUUUGGGUUUGAAUUAGAAACUGCAGGGGCUUUAGCAUUACUUGGAUGGGUAGUUGGAUUUAAUUAUGUUUCUAAAGUUUGGGAAAAGUUUUCAAUGAAGUGGACUAGUGAUUUUUUUGAAGAGGUGAGAAUCUUACUUGGUAAACAAUGUAUUGAUGAAGGGUUAUUAAAGGAGUUAAAGAAUAAGUAUCAAGAAGAACAGAAUCUUGUCCAGGUUAAAAGUCAAAUCUUGACUAAUUUAGAAGCUUUACAAGAAAUCAAUUACAAAAAUUAA